CUUGCUGCCAUAUAAAAAAAACAGAGUCGUUUGUUAUUUUGUUAUAGCUUUAUUAAUAACAUUGCUAAUCCGAGAGUAAUACACAUGUUUAAAUGCGUUAAAUAAACUCUCUUUCUUGCGGUUGUGUUUAACGAGCACAACUGCUGCGCAGGCGCUGAGCGUAUCGAGCCGCUUGAUGCUUUCUGUCGGAUUUCCUCGGGUCCUUCAGAAAUCUACGUGCAUCUUUUUGAAACAGGAAAUCUCAAAUUCAUAUCGAUUCCUCUUAAAUUGGCUCAAAUUCGUUGUUUCACGAUGUUGUCCAUGUUUAAAUCUAUACCGACUCACAUGGACUACAAAGGACAGAAACUUGCGGAGCAGAUUUUCCAAGGCAUCAUCCUUGUCUCAGCGGUCAUUGGAUUCAUUUAUGGUCUUAUUAUUGAGCAGUUUGGAUGGACUGUUUACAUAAUGCUAGCUGGAUUUACUGUCUCCUGUUUGCUUACACUGCCUCCUUGGCCCAUGUAUAGAAGAAACCCCCUCACAUGGCAGCCUGCCAUACGUGAGCCGUCUACAGAAAGCCGUGAAAAGCCUCAGGAGAAUUUAAAGAAGAAAAAGCAUAAGUAGAACACCAUCUAGUUUCGACUUGAACACCUUUGCAUAGUGAUCCUCUUUGUGGACUUGCCAAAAUAUAAUAAUGUAACGAUUCAACCAUUUAUGUCAUGUUUCAUGUAAAAUUACAACUCUUUAAUAAAGACGAUCAUUCUUACA